AUAUAUUCAGUUACGAUGACAAGUUACACUGAUGAAAAUAAUGGGGAUUGACAUUGGACUCAAUGCUUCAAAUGAUGACAUACCUUAUGGAGGAAAAAGUGCCUUUUCCCAACUGGAGCACAACAUAGUGGCUGGAUAUCUUAUUACUGCAGGCAUCAUCAGUUUAUUGAGUAACAUUGUCAUUCUCCUGAUGUUCAUAAAGUUUAAGGAGCUCCGCAAUGCUACCAAUUUCAUCAUCAUCAACUUGGCUUUUACUGACAUUGGUGUGGCUGGCAUUGGUUACCCUAUGUCAGCUGCUUCCGACCUCCACGGAAACUGGAAAUUUGGUUACACUGGUUGCCAGAUUUAUGCAGGUCUCAACAUCUUCUUUGGCAUGGCUAGCAUUGGUCUGUUGACUGUGGUGGCCGUAGAUCGAUACCUCACAAUUUGCAGGCCUGAAAUAGGGGAGAAAAUGACGGCGCGUUCAUACAACCUCCUUAUUCUGGCAGCAUGGCUUAAUGGUUUAUUCUGGUCCACCAUGCCUAUAGUUGGCUGGGCUGGCUAUGCCCCAGACCCAACUGGAGCCACAUGCACCAUUAACUGGCGGAAGAAUGAUUUAUCCUUUAUUUCUUACACGAUGACGGUUAUUGUUGUCAACUUUGUCGUCCCUCUCGCAAUCAUGUUUUACUGCUACUACAACGUGUCUGUCACAGUUAACAGAUAUAAUGGAAGCAACUCCCUUGACGAUAUUAAUAUUGACUGGUCGGAACAAAUGGAUGUAACAAAGAUGUCCAUUGUGAUGAUCGUAAUGUUUUUAGUGGCCUGGUCUCCAUACUCCAUGGUGUGUCUCUGGGCAUCUUUUGGUGAUCCCAGAACAAUUCCUCCACCCAUGGCUAUCAUCGCCCCUCUAUUUGCAAAGUCCUCCACCUUUUACAACCCCUGCAUUUAUGUAAUUGCUAACAAAAAAUUCCGAAGAGCCAUCAUAGGGAUGAUCCGGUGUCAAACCAGACAACGAAUCACCAUCAGUCCUCAGGUUCCUCUGAAUUCUCAACAACCCCUGGAUGACUGCUUCAGUUUCACACCUUAG